CACAGCUAAUGCACCAGAAGACGAUGCUCCAAAUAGAUAUUCCCGAACAGAGAGGACAACUUUCAGCCGAUACAGCAGGGAUGCAAAUUCUUCUGGCAGUUCUGUACCAAGCAAUGCUUUGGAAAAGCGGAUUGAGGAACUCGAAAGGGAACUUGUGAAGGAGAGACAGGAAAAUGCAAGAUUAAUGAAGAUGACACAGGACAAAGAGGAACUAAUUGGAAAGCUGAAGGAAGAAAUUGAUUUAUUAAACAGAGACCUAGAUGAUAUAGAAGAUGAAAAUGAACAAUUGAAGCAAGAAAAUAAAACCCUCUUAAAAGUUGUUGGACAGCUGACAAGGUAGAAGAUUCAAGCCUCAAUGAGGAAAGAUUUAAAAACUACUGAUUGAACAUUAAGGUCAAUAUAGUAAUACUUCCUGUGUUGCAGUAUGUUGUAAUAACUGUCUUUAUAUUUAUUGUUAGGAAACAAGAUGAAUGUUUAUUUUCAUAGUACUUUCUUCUUCAUUCAAUUAAAUGACAUAAAAUUUGUGGUAUAUUUUCAGCUUUCUUUUCACAUAAGAACAGUUAAAAUUUUUUACAUAUUUCAAAAUAUUAAGUUCAAAAACAUUUGGGUUUUAUAUCUUCAGAUUACAUCUGGAUAAACUGCAGUAAUUUAAAAUUCAUAGCACCAAGAUCACUUUCAGUCCAUGUGGGUGUAUAUUUUUGAAAUGAAUGGAAGCAAUACAUAUAAGCUUUGUUUACACAGAUCCAAAAUAUAUAUUUUGGGAAAUUUUUCCUUUUUUUUUUUUUUUUUUUUUUUUUUAACAGCUGUAAAGUGGAUGUCUUAUUACUGAUGUAUAACAUUUUGCAGAUUGAUUACUUUCUCUAAAACUCCUGUAUGUUGUGGGUUUUUUUACAGUAUCUGAAAGACUGAUAAUAGUAGAAUAG